CCGCCUCAUGAUCCGCAAGCUUUACAUAUCAGCAUCGCCGGUCUAUGGGGAGACGCUGGCGCCGGCAAAACUGCCUUGGCAAGAGACUACGCCGAAAUCAAUAGGGAUAAGCUUUCCUUUGUUUUCUGGAUCUGGGCUGAGAGUUGGGAGACGGCUGUGACAAGCUAUCUUGAGUUCGCCAACAAUCUUGUUCAAUACUACUCCAAGGACGUGCCUCGAAUCCAAGUAGAGAACGAUCUUGGACUCACUGGAGUCGAGGACAUGCUCAAGGUAAAGAGUCUUCAGGAGCUGGAUGAAUCAAGAGUCAAGUCUGUGGUCCGAGCCGUUAAGGACUGGCUUAUGAGGCCCGACAAUGACAAAUGGCUCCUCAUCUUCGAUAACGUGGAGCCAUCCUUUGAUAUAUCCAACUUCAUUCCUCUAACUCUCACUGGUAAGAUCAUCUUAACUUCAAGGGAGAGCAGUAGCUGUAUAUGGGGGACAAAACUACGCGUCGGGCCCAUGUUGGAUGGAGAAGCCGUGGAGCUACUU